AUGGCUGAGCAGCUGGUUCUUCGCGGCACCCUUGAGGGCCACAAUGGCUGGGUUACUUCUCUCGCCACCUCCCUGGAGAACCCCAACAUGCUGUUGUCCGCUUCCCGCGACAAGACCCUGAUCAUCUGGAACCUUACCCGUGAUGAGCAGGCCUACGGUUACCCCAAGCGCAGCCUCGAGGGUCACUCCCACAUCGUCUCUGACUGUGUGAUCUCCUCCGACGGUGCCUACGCUCUGUCCGCUUCUUGGGAUAAGUCUCUCCGCCUCUGGGAGCUCUCCACCGGAAACACCACCCGCACUUUCGUCGGCCACACCAACGACGUUCUGUCCGUCUCGUUCUCCGCCGACAACCGUCAGAUCGUCUCCGGAUCCCGUGACCGCUCCAUCAAGCUGUGGAACACCCUCGGUGACUGCAAGUACACCAUCACCGACAAGGGCCACACCGAGUGGGUUUCCUGCGUCCGCUUCAGCCCCAACCCCCAGAACCCCGUCAUUGUCUCCGCUGGCUGGGACAAGCUCGUCAAGGUUUGGGAGCUCGCUUCUUGCCGUCUCCAGACCGACCACAUCGGUCACACCGGCUACAUCAACACCGUCACCAUCUCCCCCGACGGAUCCCUCUGCGCUUCCGGUGGCAAGGACGGUACCACCAUGCUCUGGGACCUUAACGAGUCCAAGCACCUCUACUCCCUCUCCGCUGGCGAUGAGAUCCACGCUCUCGUCUUCUCCCCCAACCGCUACUGGCUGUGCGCUGCCACCAGCAGCUCCAUCACCAUCUUCGACCUCGAGAAGAAGAGCAAGGUUGAUGAGCUCAAGCCUGAGUUCGUUGAGAAGGGCAAGAAGAGCCGUGACCCCGAGUGCAUCAGCUUGGCUUGGUCCGCUGAUGGCCAGACUCUGUUCGCUGGUUACACUGACAACAAGAUCCGUGCCUGGGGUGUUAUGUCGCGCGCAUAGAUUUGAGUUGUUGUAACGGAGCUUGAGGAGCCUCUUUUUGUUCUAUUGAC